AUCAGAAUUAGACUCUGAUUCAGACUUUUCUUCAACGUCAUCAUGUAAAACUUCCCCAACUCCUCUGGUCGAGAAUUCUGCUACCAGUACCGAGCCCUUGAAAGGUAAGCGCAAGUCGUCAGGCGGCGAUAGCGUCAACAAGACGAAGAGUUCAAACUGUCCACGCUCGUAAGUCGUCGUGUUGCAUAGCGUAUGUGUGGAGUUAAUUUCACGUUUUCAGGCAAAAGCUGGACAAGUAAGUGUAUGAAUAAUGAAGCACUCAUCAUCUGAAUGUGCGUAUUGUUUAGUGAGGAGCCAGGCUACCGAGAACGCACCAUGGACCCAGGAGAGACACGCCGCCAUAGUGGAGUGCAACGAGUCGUCAUUACUGCUAUUCGCGCAACUGGUCUCACUCUUGGUCUCCGACGGAUCCCCGCUGGCUUCCAUGCGGUGGUCAAGGCCGGGGGCGCUGAAUACCAGACAAGUAAUAAAUCUGUAAACAUAGACCAGGCUGUCACCGAAUGGGACGAGCGCAUUCUUCUGCCGUGCGAGCCAUGUUCUAAAGUUCGGGUCAGCGUAUAUGCCUCAUUCGAAUUGGGUCCCAUGGUCUGUCACGGAGAUCUCCUGCGCACAUUCGAGAUCUCCGUCGGAGAAUUACUGGAUCGCAGCGAAAAAUCGCAUCCCAUCAUCUUGCAGCCAAAGCAGGAGGAAGUCGUAUCCGCCUGUACUUCACUGUACAUGGCGGUGGUGCAGCAACUUUCCGAUCAAAACGAUGCCGGACUGAUUUGCCUCCUUAGUAACCCUACAUCGCGCGAUAUGGAUGGGUUGGCACUAAAGACGGAUGCCGGACAUCGUCUUCUCGCACGAUACCGCAGGACGCAGAAUAGCAGGGAUCUCGAACAAUCCAUAAAGCACUUUGAACGGGCCUCAGAUCUCUGCCCCGUGGAUCAUACCUGCCGCCCCGCAGCACUGUUCAAUUUAGCCACGGCAAAGUUUGUCAGUUGCCAAGCACAUAGAAGAUACCUCGACCUCGACAUCUCUAUCUCUCUUUUUCAAGACGCCCUGGACUUGCGUCCCACUGAUCAUCCGGACCGAAGCAUGACCCAGCUCCAUCUUGCCAUUGCACUGCUGUCGCGGUUCGCUAAGCGGGGAUUUGAAACAGAUGCUGAUGCAGCUGAAGAGUUGCUGAGUGAAGUCCUCGACGUCUGCCACGCCAACAGCCACGUUCACAGAGCAGCUUUGAUUACAAUCGAAACAUGCGCUCUGGAUUCUGCUGGAAGCAUUGAUGGAAAUGAUCUCAGGCAGGAGCGUCCCGCCACAUCCAUGCUCCCGUUCUCGCCGAAUCAGCUUCUUGAUCGAGCGCGGCGGUGUUUGGAGAGAGAUGAACCCGGUGCCUUAGAUGAAGUGAUAUCCCUUCAUUAUGAUGCGUUGAGACACUACAACACUGGGCAUGCUUACCGAGGUGGAUUGCUAUGUAAUCUGGCUUCGAUGCUGCAAAUACGCUUCGAGCGUCGAAGCAAUGUAAAUGACUUAAAUGAGGCUAUCGCACUUCAGAGGGAAGCGCUGGCCUUGUACCCAGUCGGUCACACAGAUCGGUCCAAGUCAUUAAACAAUCUCGCGACUCAUCUCUCCUCCCGCUUUCGCCACCGAGGCAACGACGAAGACUUGAACCAAGCUAUUGCACUUCACAGGGAAGCGCUGGCUUUGCGCCCGGUUGGUCAUACAGAUCGGUCUAUGUCAUUAAACAACCUCGCGAAUCAACUCUCCAUCCGCUUUGACCAGCGAGGCAACAACAAAGACUUGGAUCAAGCUAUCGCACUUCACAGGGAAGCGCUAGCUUUGCGCCCGGUCGGUCAUGCAGAUCGGUCCAUGUCAUUACACAACCUCGCAACUCGACUCUCCUGCCGCUUUGACCAGCGAGGCAACAACAAAGACUUGGAUCAGGCUAUCGCACUUCACAAGGAAGCGCUGACUUUGCGCCCGGUCGGUCAUGCAGAUCGGUCCAUGUCAUUACACAACCUCGCGACUCAACUCUCCUCCCGCUUUUGCCACCAAGGCAAUGACGAAGACUUGGAUCAGGCUAUCGUACUUCACAAGGAAGCGCUGGCUUUGCUCCCGGUCGGUCACACAGAUCGGUCUGGGUCAUUAAACAACCUCGCGGCUCAACUCUCCUCCCGUUAUGACCACCGAGGCAAUGUCGAAGACUUGAAUCAGGCUAUUGUAUUUCACAGGGAAGCGCUGGCUUUACUCCUGGUUGGUCAUAAAGACCGGUCCAAGUCAUUAAACAACCUCGCGACUCAACUCUCCUCCCGCUUUCGCCAUCAAGGCAACGACGAAGACUUGGAUGAGGCUAUCGCACUUCACAGGGAAGCGCUGGCUUUGUGCCCGGUCGGUCGUACAGAUCGGUCUAUGUCAUUAAACAACCUCGCAAAUCAACUCUCCUCCCGCUUUGAACAGCGAGGCAAUGUCGAAGACUUGGAUGAGGCUAUCGCACUUCACAGGGAAGCGCUGGAUUUGUACCCGGUUGGCCACACAGAUCGGUCCAAGUCAUUAAACAACCUCGCGAAUCAACUCUCCUUCCGCUUUGACCACCGAGGCAACAAUGAAGACUUGGAUCAGGCUAUCGCACUUCAGAGGGAAGCACUGGCGUUACUCCCUGUCGGUCAUACAGAUCGGUUCAUGUCACUAAACAACCUUGCGAAUCUACUCUCCUCCCGCUUUCGCCACCGAGGCAACGACGAAGACUUGGAUCAGGCUAUCACACUUCACAGGGAAGUGCUGGCCUUACUCCCGGUCGGUCAUACAUGUUGGUCCAUGUCACUAAACAACCUCGCGAAUCGACUUGCCACCCGCUUUGAGCGCCGAGGCAAUAGAGAAGACCUCGACGAGUCAGCAGAAAACCUACGCUCUGCAUUGACUCUGUUGACCCAACAUGAUCCUCGUCAAUUAAUGGUCCAUGUGUCGCUAGCUGAGGUCUAUCUAUCAUUCCAUCAUUCAGGGCUUGACAGCACCGUCGCGGGUGAAAAUACAGACAGUCUGAAUGCUGCCAUGCAUUAUAUCAAGGCUGCAGCAAGUGUUGUCUCUGCAGGCUUGCUAUCCCGCCUGCGGGCAGGUCUCCGUUGGGUGUACCAUGCUAGUGAACAUUCCCAUGGAACUCAACUGGAGGCUUAUACGACUUCCAUGCAACUCCUCGACGCUUACAUGUCUGUGACUGCCUCUGUAUCGUCUCGUCAUAAUGCCAUGAAGGAAAUCUCGAGGACACUUGCUGUGGAUGCUGCAUCGUGUGUCCUUCGCAGUGGUGAUGUGCGUCGCGCUGUUGAGUUGUUGGAGCAAGGCAGGACUAUCAUCUGGACCCAGAUGGCGCGACUCCGCACCCCUCUUGACAGCCUCGAGACUUGCGGCGAUCAUGCAGUGACGCUGAUGAAGAGAUUCAGACACCUCAGCUCCCUCCUUGAUAAUCCUCCUGCGAGUGAUUUUGAAAACACCCCAAGAGUUGAUGUAGAAGCGGAAGCAACCCGGUACAGACGUUUAGUGGAAGACUGGAAUGGAACUGUAGAAGAGAUCCGGAAGAUCGAGGGCUUCUCUCGCUUUCUACUUCCCCCUUUGUUCUCUGAUCUUCAAGAUGCAGGUCGUGAUGGGCCCGUCAUCGUGCUCAUCGCAAGCAAAUCGUCUUGCAAUGCCAUCAUUAUCUCGCACAAGCAACCUCCCACUAGCAUUCAACUCCACACCAAUGUGUCAAAACUCAUCGAAUUGGUAUUCACAUUCCGAGAUGCAGUUGAAAAAGAUGCCGGUCCUAAAGGGAACCAACGAGCGCUGAUGGAAGCUUUGAGAGAGUUGUGGAAAGUUGUCGUCUGCCCAGUGGUCGAGACACUGAAUGAAAUCGUACCACUAGGUUCCCGAAUAUGGUGGUGCCCGACGUCUGUCUUCAAUUUCUUGCCGUUGCAUGCUGCUGGCGAGUACAGGGCAAGGGGAAAGUCCCUUUCGCAGCAGUAUAUCUCUUCAUACACCCCAUCGCUCACCGCCUUGAUCAAGGCUCGCGCAGGUCAUGAGAGGUCCCCAUCAGUGCCCUUUGUUGCCAUUGGUCAGAAUCACCCAGCCGGUGCCUUAUCCAUUUUGGAGGCUGUAGAGCCUGAGCUGGAAUUGGUGCGGACACUUUUGCUCCCUGCCUCAACUGUUUCCUUCUCCAAGAUAACCAGUGAUGAUGCCACGAAAUCGAGAGCACUGUGCGCAUUGCGAGACAAUACUUGGCUCCAUCUCGCGUGCCACGGGAUACAGAGAUUCGACGAACCCUUUCAGUCGGCCUUUCUUAUGCGCGACCAGCCGCUUUCACUCCUCGAUAUCGCUCAAAUGGGUCUGUCUCGGCAUCAAUUUGCAUUUCUUUCUGCCUGCGAAACCGCAGUCGGUGACUUGAAUACGCCCGAUGAAUUGAUACACCUGGCGGCUGGCCUGCAAUUUGCUGGUGUUAAGAGCGUCGUUGGGACACUGUGGAAGGUGAAUGAUAGUACUGUGCAGCGCGUAGUCGAGGCAUUCUACAAAAACUUUUGCGGGGAUGGCACGAUGAAUUCCAAACGAGCUGCCCGGGCGCUGCACCGAGCGGUCCAGUCGUUGGCCAGUGACAAGGACAUUCCCUUGGCUCAGCGCAUAGUGUUCGUGCAUAUCGGCAUAUGAUUAAUUUCUCAUGACUACACGCAAUCUGUUCCCAUUCGAAAUUCCUUAGAAACUGUAUACCUCCACGAUAUGUACACCCGAUUUCUACUUCGAUUUGUUUAUUGCCUCGGAGCCAUAGGAGC